UAUUAUUAAAGAAUCUCCUUUAUUUUGUGCACUGUGAGGUAUGAGGAAAAUAAUCGAACAGUCUGAUUAUCACUGAAGACUGAUAAGAUCCAACUCUGACCUCAAAACCAAUGAAUGUGCACUCUGGUGGCCAAAGACCUGGGGGAGAGAUAGUUUCUGCAAGUGAUUAUUCACCUGGAUUUUUCUGUUCUGCUUUUCAAUAUUUAGCCUUCUUUGGUUAUGAGUUCCUAUAACCACCAUAGUUUAUAUAGGAACUGAUGUAAGCAUUUGCCACAUAUACUCCCACACAAAGAUUCAGCUCUAAACUGGGGAACAAGAUAAGUUACUAGGUGGGGUAAAAUAUUAAAUCAAAUGAUUAGGCAUCUGGGUGGGUUUGAGCACCAGGAAGAGAGCCAAGAAGAAAGAAAAAUUUGGACAACUAGCUAAACUGCUAGCGGUGCUAUUCAAGCCUCAAUAAAUAUAAGGGACAAGGGAAAGAUAUUUUGUAGAGAAGAGUGUAUGAAUGUACCUUAUAAUCACUGUUAGGCUUAGAAAAUUGGUGCCAAUUAGGUAACAAAUUCUAGAAACAGGCAUGAGUUGACGUGCCUAGAUUGAGUGAACAAUACUAGAAAUGCUAGUAUUCACAAGUGGCCCAGUUGGUACUCAGAAAAGGUGGUUUGUUCCCUGCCACCACAUAAAACCAAGCAUGAUAGUAUCCCUCUGUGAUCCCAUCACUGAGGGGAUAAAGGGAGGUUCCAAAAUUGAAGGUCAUUCUCAGUUCCGGCCUGGAAUACAUGGGUCUGUGGGGGCUGAGAAAUGGAAAUGUAACAUCUCAAGACACAAGCAGCAUGAUCUAGUACCAAAGGAGAAUUUGGAGAACUGGCUAAAUUAUUUGAAUAAGGAAUUGCCAACAGUGGUAUUCAAAGCCUCAACAAACUUAAAGAACAGAAAGACAUUCAAGAUAAAAAAGAAGAAAGUUGUUCCACUCCAAAGUAAAAUCUGCUGUGGCAAAGAAUCCCUUUGGAAGCUUCUUGGAGGUUUUCAGCAGUCCUGUGGAAAGGACAUUCAGGUUGGAGUGAUUGGUUUCCCAAAUGUGGGGAAAAGCAGCAUCAUUAAUAGCUUAAAACAAGAAUGGAUUUGCAAUGUUGGAGUUUCCAUGGGACUUACAAGGAGCAUGCAGAUGGUCCCUUUAGACAAGCAGAUCACAAUCAUAGAUAGUCCGUGUUUUAUUAUCUCACCUUGUAACUCCCCUACUGCACUUGCCCUACGAAGUCCAGCAAGCAUUGAAGUACUAAGACCACUGGAAGCUGCCAGUGCCAUUCUGUCUCAGGCUGAUAAUCAACAGGUGGUGUUAAAAUAUACUGUCCCGGAGUAUAAGGAUUCUCUGGAUUUCUUUACUAAACUUGCUCAGAGAAGAGGUCUGCACCAAAAAGGUGGAAGCCCGAAUGUUGAAAGUGCUGCUAAGCUGCUGUGGUCUGAGUGGACAGGUGCCUCGUUAGGUUACUACUGCCAUCCCCCUGCAUCCUGGAAUUAUUCUCCACAUUUUAAUGAGAAUAUUGCAGCAAUCAUGAAGAAGGGCUUUAAUCUAGAAGAACUAGAAAAGAAUAAUGCACACAGCAUACAAGUCCUCAAGGGCCCUCAUUUAACUAACAGAAUCCUUUUUCGGUCUUCGGGCCUGACAAAUGGAAUACUAGAAGAGAAGGACAUACCUGAAGAAUCACCAAGACAGACAGAAGACAAACAGGAUGGUGAUAAUCAAGGAAAUGAUAGUGGUGAAAAAAAUGUAAAGGACAUAUCUGAAGAAUCGCCAAGACAGACAGAAGACAAACAGGAUGGUGAUGAUCAAGGAAAUGGUAGUGGUGAAAAAAAUGUAAAGGACAUACCUGAAGAAUCACCAAGACAGACAGAAGACAAACAGGAUGGUGAUAAUCAAGAAAAUGGUAGUGGUGAAAAAAAUGCAGAGAUCUCAGAUGUGGCCCCUGUAGAAGAGACCAGGGAGGUGUCACCUGGGCAGUCAGCAGCGAGUAAACCAUCUGGCAGAUCAUUUACCUUGGAUAAAAUGAGUGAAGAGGAUGAUGCCUAUGACUUUAACACAGACUAUAUAACUUCUACUCAUUAAAAUGUUCUCUGUACAGUGUUUUAGAUUGGUUUGGUGUAUGAUAUAUAAACUGUAAAUCUUGUAAAUAUGUAUCUUCAUAAAUUAAAAACAAUACAAGUAUUUACAUGCA